AUGGCCGACCGUAGUAUCACCCUGUUUGCUGUCAUCACCAUCAUCCUGGGGUGCCUCAAAGUUGGGUACUUCAUUGGAUUCUCUGAAUGUCUAUCAGCCACCGAGGGCGUGUUCCCUGUCACACACGCAGUCCACACGCUGGUGCAGGUGUAUUUUCUUUGGGGCCAUGCAAAGGACAUCAUCCAGUCAUUCAAAACCCUGGAAAGGUUUGGGGUGAUCCACUCGGUGUUCACCAACCUGCUUCUGUGGGCCAACAGUGUCCUGAAUGAGUCGAAGCACCAACUGAACGAGCACAAGGAGCGGCUCCUCACCCUGGGCUUCGGGAACAUCACGAUAGAGCUGGAUGACCACACGCCCCCGUGUAACUGCAGCCCCCCGGCCCUCUGCUCCGCCAUCUCCCAAGGGAUCUAUUACCUGUACCCCUUCAACAUCGAGUACCAGAUCCUGGCGUCCACGAUGCUCUACGUCCUGUGGAAGAACAUCGGGCGCAAGGUGGACGGCCCGCAGCGCCCGAGGAUGCGGCUCCGCUUCCAGGGGGUGGCGGCGGGCUCGGCCCUGGGCCUGGGCGCGCUGGCCGCCACCAUCGGGGUGGUNCCAAUCGGGGUGGUGGGGGUGUACCUGGUCCAGAUCGGCCGCUCCAGGACCCGGAGCGAGUCGGCGCUCACCAUGUUCUACCUGUACGCCACGGCCCUGCUCGCGCUCAUGGGCGCCGCGGGGCUGGCGGGCACCCGCAUCUACAGGCUCGAUCACGAGCAGCCGCUCGACGAGUCCAAAAACCCGGCCCGCAAACUGGACGUGGACCUCCUGGUGGGCACGGCCUCGGGCUCCUGGCUGCUGUCCUGGGGCUCCAUCCUGGCCAUCCUCUGCGCCCAGGCCCGGCCCCCGUACACCUGGUACAACCUGCCCUACUCCGUCCUGGUCAUCGCGGAGAAGUACAUCCAGAACCUGUUCAUCAUCGAGUCUGCCCACCGGGAGCCGGGGGCGCUGGCCGAGGACAUCAGGACCCUGCGCGUGGUCUCGGUCUGCAAUGGUGCUGGCCCGUCCCCCGCGCCCCCCUGCCUCAAGAGUGGAGCCGAGGCCGGGGACACGGCUCCCUCGGGCAGCCAGAUGCCACCUGUGGUCAACGGAGACAUGUGUCUGAGAGAAGGCAGUGGCCGAGGGGAAGCGGGGCCGAGCUGGGACGGGGCCCCGGGCCCCGCCUGCCGCUCCCGGUUCUUGCAGGGAAACGCCAAGCGGAGUGUCCUGAGGAACAUUACGGCCUUUCUGUUCCUCUGCAAUAUUUCGCUUUGGAUCCCGCCCGCCUUUGGCUGCCGCCCUGAGUACGACAACGGACUGGAGGAAAUCGUCUUUGGCUUCGAGCCCUGGAUCAUUGUGGUGAACCUGGCCAUGCCCUUUUCCAUUUUCUACCGGAUGCACGCAGCCGCCUCCCUCUUUGAGGUCUAUUGUAGGAUGUAGUCUGCGGCCACAUGAAAGGCC